AUGGCUAUGUUCAACGGUGCCCCCUUCGCAUUCGCGAAAGACUACGGCAGCGGGCAAGAGUGUGCGGGCUUUUGCGACAAGCUCUCCGAGUGCAAUGCGUGGCUCUUCAGUGAGCGAGGCGGGGAAUGUCAGCUACACAAGGCGAAUGCCCUGUCAACCUUCAAAUCCCAACACUUCACGUACGGGAUCUGCAACGGCCAUCGCUCAUCCCCUGCGAGCUCGUCGGGAGCGAUGGCUGCUGUCGCCAGCCACAGCCCUAAUUCAACGCUGUCCCACUCUGCGGGAUUGAGUGAUAGGACCUCUCUUCACAAGAAUUACCUCGAUGGUCACCGUCAUUAUCAUGCUCAUCACUUUUAA